CCUCUUCGAGGUUUGUAAAUUGCCCCCUCGCGACGCAGCCGUGUGCGGCAUUUACCGAACGUUCGUCGACAUUUUGCACUUUCUAUUUCAUUUCAACAUUAACCUUCCUUGAGGGCAAAAGGCGUAGAGAGCUCGGGGACGUCGCCGACCUCAGAAGAAAGCACCAAGAGAACAGACGCGAAGCGGAGCGGAGGCGGGCCGACAUGGUUCAGAUGCACGACGCCCGAAGGUUGGCGACAGCGGCGGGCAGGGGCAAGCACGACGAGGUGCGGAGGAUCCUGGACGAUGGCGGCGUGCAUCCCGACGCUGUCAACGAGUUCGGCAGGACGCCGCUGCAGCUUUUUGGGAAUAUGCUGCAGGAGGCAUCAGAUUCAAAAUGAGAGAAUAUUUGCAAAAAACACAACCAGCUUGAAAACCUCCACUUUCGAGGUGAUGAUGAUGGGCAACGCCGAGGUAGCCCGCCUGCUCCUGGAAAGCGGCGCCAACCCCAAUGUGCAGGACUCGUCCGGGAUCGCGCCGAUCCACGACGCCGCCCGCUCGGGCUUCGUGGCCACGCUGCGGGUCCUGGUGGAGUACGGCGCCUUGGUGAACGUGGCGGACCACUUCGGCGCCCUGCCCAUCCACAUCGCCAUCCGGGAGGGCCACCGCGACGCCGUGGAGUUCCUGGCGCCGUGCUCUGACCUGUGGCACACCAACGCUCGCGGCCAGACGCCCGUCGACGUGGCCCGGGCGUCCCGUCGGCCCGACAUGAUCCACCUGCUGUUGGCACACAUCUAGUCGUAGUCUGGACCGCGCGCGUUCCCGUUUCUGUUCAAACCUGGUGACUUGAAUUCAUUGGUGUCUAUGUAAAAGUUUUUGUUUUCUUAGCUCGAUGUUCAGACAUGACGCACGUGUUAUGUGGUCAUGGCAGCUACUUUUCAAUGGGUUGUUUUGCACAGUGCAAUGUAGGCACCUUAUUUCCUAAUAUGUAUUUAUGUUUGAUCUUUGAAUUGGGAGUGCACAUUAGUCUGAAUCCCCUCCCGUUGUUUUGUGUUCAUUUAUAACAGUUGAUUUGUUUGUCUUGUGGUUUUUUUGUGAUGAAACUUGAACCGGUGCAAAAUGAACUUUACCUUGCAUUAUUCGUUACAUGAAAUUAGAUUAACUUAGACUUUGCAUUAUUUAUUGUUGUAAUAGCAGUGGCUAUUGUUUUUGUUAUUUAUACUAAGAAUACUUUAAUACAGAAGUGAAGAGUUCAGUUUGCUGUUUGAAUAUGAAAGCACAAAAUAAACUUUUAAAGUCAAA